UCUUUUUUUUUUUUUGUUUUUUUUUAACAAUGGCCGAAGGGGUUCCGGAAAGGAAAAUCAGGAUCUAUCGGAGCGUUUCUGUUAAGAGGCUGGAAAAUUGGAAUGCAAAAUCCUUUAGUGGAGAGGGAGGCACCAAGCUGCCCGUGGAAGGAGAUGUCACCCAAUCCGCAUGUCAGAAAGCAAGUCGAGCUCCUGCCAGAUCCCUCAGCUUGUCUAGGAAAGUAUCCAAAAUCUCCGCAGCCGGCAAAGACCAGAAUAUCCCUUGUCCUUCGGUCCGUCAGCUCUCUCAACGUUUCUCGUCUCAAACCGGGGAUGAAGGGGCGCAAAGCGAUGAUGAAAGCUUACGGCGUGUGGAUCAGCUGAAAAGGGGGUGCCAAGCCGCGUCUGUGGAAAGCGCCGCCCCUGAUGUGCCGUCAUGGGGCAACCUCGUCAGGCAAGAAGCUGCCGGUGCUGAGUGCGAUGGGCAAUCCUUGGUGUGUCCGGGUAAGUCUGAUGAAUUGCAUUCAGCUGUCAACCCACGGGGAGCUGAGAGCUCAGGGACUUCAUUAGACGAAGCAACCGUCAACUCUUACUUUGAUUUGCUGCACCAGCCAGACACCCGGGAGUUGGUGGUAGAGGGGGCAAACUGGCCUAGUGUUACCGAAAUGAGGAAACUGUUUGGAGAAAGUUCUAGGACGCAGCCCGCCCGGGCAGACUCUGAAGAGACCGGUCCGUCGGGUCAGGCAGUAAAUCACUCGAGAGAUGUUGGUUCGAUAGAACCGCACCGGCCUCACCAAGUAGAAAGCAAGCUUCUUAAAAGCGUUCCGCCUUUUGCCAAAGACCAUUCCCCCGGGGCUUCCCACCAGUAUAAAAGUCCGUCUUCCAAAUUGGAAAGUUUGUCUUGCAAAGCGCUUGCGGAGAGCAGGGCAGACUUCGACGAUACCGUGGGCAUGGAUACAAAAGAGAAGAGGGCAACCGUUAUCCCCAAGUCCCAGCCUCCGCCCCCGCCUCCGAGAACCUGUGUACCGUUUGGUUGGAGGGCGCACGCUCUUUCCUCCGGCCUACCUAAACAAGAGGCAAAACAGCCUUGGGAUAGUUUACAUUCCUUGCAUAGUUCUGGCAAACCACAGACUGCCCCUUCCAGUGUCAGAGACGGUUCCGGCGGGGAAGACCAGGUCUGCAGAGGUUUGCAGCUGCCUAACGCCGCCGCAAACAAGAAUGCCCCGAAGGUCGCGCCCCAGGAAAUAUCCUCUGGAAGCGAGGAGGAAAACGACCUCCUAACCCUCAGGGAAAGCCUCAGGAAACGCUCCUUUAGGAGAAAGAAGAACGAUGUUGUCUUGGGCAAGGCCGAGUCCGACGGUGGCCAUGGACACUCUGUGGUCGAGCCGGAGGUUGCCCGUCGAUUAGGUCAUGAUCCAAGCUACUCUGAAAUGCAACCACAAAACAGUAACACCCCGAAAGGGCCAGGCUUGUGUAGCACCCCUUCUUUAUCUAACACGCACCCGCCUGCUGCUGAAUCCAAACAGCACGCUUCUACAUUUAGCCCAAGUAAUACUUAUUCCGAAAUUCUGCAUAAGCCGCGCUCCAGGUGCGCGUCUGAGGUGGUUGCGCCAUCGAACACGGGUCCGUUCGCUACGGGGUUGCCGAUUCCGCUUGUGUCUCGAGUGUCAAAAGUGAACAUUCCGCCCUUUAUGCCGAGCCCCUGCGGUUCUAGAAGCAGCAGCAGGUACUCCAGCACCGAGACCCUUAAAGAAGAUGAACACUUCUUCUAUUCCGGGCAAAGCCGGAGCCUCCCGGGAGGCGCCGGUACUCAGAGGUCGCCGAGCUUCGGACAGAGCGACGGCGCGUUAAGGCAACCGGUACGUCCGAGGGCAGCGGCGGCUGCCAGCUUCGCAAAGGUGAAGAACGAAUGUGUUAGCGAAGGUUCUGGUUUCUCUCAAGAACAUGAAAGUCCGAAUCAAGAGAAGUCUAUGUCCUACCCCGAUAUAGCAUCAGAGACUCUCAGCCUGCUUAGCUUUUUGAAGUCUGACCUUGAAGACUUAAAAAUAAGGAAGCGCAGAAGAAGCGUUGGUGAGAAGGAAGGAGCGGCCUACGCGCAUGAAGCCCACCAGGUCACAGAAGGGCAACCGAGCUCACCUGGAAGAGGUAAAUCCACACUCCACUCGUGCCGCUCGCAGCAAGGCAGCCGCCCGACGUUAAAGGACCUUACCGCAACCCUACGUCGCACCAAAUCCUUUACGUAUUCUGAUAAACCUGGGUCCAAGCGGGUUGCUAGACACGGUUCCAUGAAGCAAAGCUCCUCAGAGCUCAUGCUGGCCAGCACUGCGAAUAGCGACGUCCUGCUGUCCGAGAAGGAGGAAGGUGACGGUAGAGAGAGGAGGAGAGACGGAAGCGUAGCUGUUGACCUAACGCAAGACCAGUACAUUCAAGAAGCGAGGCAAGUCUUUGAAAAAAUAAGUCGGAUCGGCUCCCAGGAUGACUACAGCUUUGAUCAGGAAGUCAGCGACCAUUUCAAGUGCGAGGAAGCGCACGCUCAAUUGCAAACCAACGCCGACAGGCAAAUGGCGGAGGCCGGUGGACACACGACGGUGAGGAGAUCGGAAUCCAAAGAAGAGUUGUCCUGUAGGAAACUGGCAGAGUUAACUGGACACGAUUCUAGCAUGACCGACGAAGGGAUCGUUACUGAAGUAGAGACUGCACCCAGUGUUAAUUUAUAUCGGGACAUAAGUCAAACUCUCAAGGUAUGGAAGUCGACGGGUAUCGUCCAGUCUGAAGGAGAACAGUUUCACGCGAGGAACGGUGAUCUCCAAAGAAUUCCAGCUACUUUUACAGACGGUUUAGAAAGUGAUACGUGUUAUAAGGGAACUCCCAAUAAAGCUGCUUCUCAAGGACCGCUCGAUGCUCCACCAACACCGGGAACUACUCGACGGAGAAGGAAGUUUCCUUCUCUUACCAAUAACGGUACCGACUCGAGCAACGGGAGCAACGGGGAGUCUGGAAGUGAAAGUUACAGGUCGCUAAGUGACCCAAUGCCUCAUAGGAGAUAUUCCAUUACCGAAGACCCCCCAAGUUUUUCUGUCGAUAGCAACCUCCUAGGAUCGUUAAACUCUAAGCCUGGAAUUUCUGAGUCGUCGGCCAUAGCUUUUUGUGAAAACACCGGUAGCGCGGCCAGCGUUCUUUCUCUCAGUAGCGAUGGCGCGAAAGACUACAACGCUGUAAUCCAGAAUAUUGUUAGUCAACCAGGAGCCCUCGACAAGGUGAUCGACGAGAAAGGCAAUGGUAAGACCAUAAAGAAAAAGUCAUUCAGUGACCCAAGUCGCCGCGGAGAGCUGUCUCCCACCGGUUUGGAGGACUCGAGCGAGCCCGUCAAAGAACUAGAGCAGCCGAUAUUGUCGUCGAGCAGCGAACCUAUAUUAUCCGAGCAAAGGGAUGAAUUGGGUGAGUUGGAGGAAAUGGAUGAAGACGUUGAGAAGCUACGUUCCAGGUCGGAGGAUGCGCUGCCCAUUGGAGAAGAUGAAAAUGGCUUGGACGUAAACCAAAGUUUCAGCUUUGACCCCAAACUAGCCGAGGUCUUGUCCCCGAGGAUGGUUAGACGCAGCUUCAGAAAGCGCACUUUUAGAGCGGGUAGCCACGAGAGUAAAAAAGAGAGCAGCGAGUGCAGUGAACUCCACGGGAAGCCUCGAUUAACCACCAAGCACGUGAGGCAUGCAAGUGAACCGGCCACUUUUAUUCCAAUCUCUCCGGCGGAAUGUAAGGUCCCUCCCGGGCACCCGGUUGUUCAUUUAGCGCAUGCCGCUGAUCCUGCUAAGAUUCCGGUGAAACCAUACCCGGUUGUCGUAGGUCCGUUAUCGGAGGAUGUUUCCAAACCGUCUACCCUUAGCCCUGGCGAUGCUAGUCUUCUCGGAGCGGUGGAUGUGUCUAGAACCGCCCCAAGCACGCCAACAGGGGCCGAGCCCAAGAUACCCAAACUUCCGAAGCCACAUGACGAGGUCAACAGAAGCAAGCCUUUCGUGGAUAUGAGAAAACAUGUGUUCCUGACACUCCUAGACACGGAACAGUCCUACGUGGAGUCCCUGCGCACGCUGAUGGAGGGUUACAUGAGGCCCUUAAAGCAGCCGGAGAAUUCCUUCCUCUGCGACCCUUCCUUGGUGGAUGAAAUAUUCGAUCAGAUACCGGAGCUGCUGGAACAUCACGAGCAAUUCCUGGAGCAGGUCCACCAGUGCGUGCACAACUGGGCCGAGAUCCAGACGGUGGGAGACGUCCUAGGCCAGUCUUUUUCUAAGGAAAUCCUGGUGACGAUCUACUCCGCGUACAUCGACAACUUUCUCAACGCCAAGGACGCCGUGAGAGUGGCCAAGGAAACCAGGCCGGCGUUUCUGAAGUUCCUGGAGCAAUGUACGCGGGAAAACAAGGAGAAGCAAGCGCUCUCCGACCUGAUGAUUAAACCGGUCCAGAGGAUCCCGCGCUACGAGCUUAUCGUCAAGGACCUGCUGAAACAUACCCCCGAGGACCAUCCGGACUACCCAUGUCUAUUAAACGCCCAGAGAAACAUCAAGCAGCUAGCAGAGAGAAUAAACAAAGGCAUGAGGAACGCCGAGGAGGCCGAGAGAGACACCAGGAUCCUCCAGGAGAUAGAGUCCCAUAUUGAAGGCAUGGAGGACCUCCAAGUUCCUUUCCGGAGGUUUGUGCGGCAGGAGAUGGUGGCAGAAGUGAAAGCCGUCGGGGGUAAGAAGGAACGGUCGCUUUUCCUGUUUACAGACCUGUUGAUUUGCACCACCUCGAAAAGGAAGUCGGGGUCCCUGCGCCGCAGUUCAAUGAGCUUGUACACGGCGGCCAGCGUCAUCGACAUCACCAGCAAAUACAAACUGCUCUGGAAACUGCCCCUGGAGGACGUGGAUAUCGUGAAAGGAACCUCCCAAGCCUCCAACCGAGACAGCAUACAGAAAACCAUCAGCCGCCUGGACGAGGACCUGAGCACCAUGGGGCAGAUCAGCAAACUCUCCGAGACCCUCAGCUUCCCACACCAGAGUCUCGAUGACGUCAUCAAGGAUAUGAUGGCAUCAGUGCACCGGGAGCUGGCCGAGAAGCAGUCGCUCGCUUUCACCAUGUCCUUCCCACCCAACAAAGUGGAGCUGACCACCGCGAAGGCGGACGGCACCGAAUCCUUCAUCUUUGAGUUCAGCAACCCGGACGCCCGGCUCCACUUUGAGCACGCCUUCGAAGACGCAAAGAAGAAACUAGCAUCCAGCAAGAACUAUCUGGACCCCGAGUUCCUGAAGGCCAUUCCCAUCAUGAAGACCAGGAGUGGGAUGCAGUUCUCCUGCGCGUCUCCCGGUCAGAGCGGCGCAGAGAACGUCCGCGAGGUGUGGGUGUGUAACAGCGACGGCUACGUGGGCCAGGUCUGCCUCCUGAGUAUCAGGAACGAGCCCACGGUAGAAGCGUGCAUUGCCGUCUGCUCCGCCAGGAUCCUGUGCAUCGCGUCCGUGCCGGGGCUGAAGAGGAGCUACAGGGAGAGGCCCAGACCUCUGGCGAGUCAGACGUCGGAGCAGGUUCCUCCGGCCCUCGACGGACCGGCUGCCCAGCAGUGCCUUCACAUCUCGAUCUCCGGCUCGUCGCUGGAGCUCUCCGAGCACACCGACAGCGCCAGCCGCGACCUGGUCCCUUUUGACAGUGACGACACAGAUGACGAGUCCUCCCCGAGCCCGUCCGGCACGCUGCAGACCAGCCGCUCCACCAUCUCCUCCAGCUUUGGAAACGAGGAGAUGCAAAGUGCCAAGGACACCACCGCCGAGACCACCAGCUCGGAGGAAGAGCAGGAAUCCGGUUUCCUCCCGAUCCCCAGCACGUUCAACCAGAACAGAGACAGCGAGAGCCCGCCGGAGGACGGCGCGGCGAGGAGGUCCAGCCGAGGCUCCUUCUCGCGGGGAAGUCUGGAGGACCUUCUGAGCAUUGACCCAGAAGCCUACCAGAGCUCCAUGUGGCUGGGCACAGAGGACGGCUGCAUCCAUGUCUACCAGUCUUCGGACAACAUACGCAACCGCAAAAACAGCAUGAAGAUGCAGCAUUCGGCCUCCGUUAUGUGUAUCCUCUAUCUGGAUAAUCAGGUGUUUGUAUCGCUGGCCAAUGGAGAGCUGAUCGUGUAUCAGAGGGAAGCAGGAAGUUUCUGGGACCCCCAAAAUUCAAAAACUCUCCCUCUCGGCUCCCCCGGCAGCCCAGUAACGAAAAUGGUGUCGGUCUCCGGCAAGCUGUGGUGCGGAUGCCAGAACAGAGUCACCGUUUUUAACACCAGCUCCCUGCUCCAGGAGCACGCGUUUCACAUCGGGCAGGAUCAGAGCCGCAGCGUCACGUGCAUGGUGAGCUCAUGCCUCGGAAUGUGGAUCGCCUUACAAAGCAGCGCGCAGGUCCGGCUUUACCACGCCACCAACUUCGAGCAGCUGGCAGAGGUUGAUAUUGCCCCACCUGUGCACAAAAUGCUAGCAGGCUCCGACGCCAUCAUCCGGCAGCAUAAGUCGGCGUGUCUGCGAAUUACGGCUCUGCUGGCCUGCAAGGACCUUCUGUGGAUCGGGACCAGCGCUGGCGUGGUGCUCACCCUCUCCGUCCCUUCCAGCCCCAACUCCCUGAAGGGUCCGCUCAACCCGGUGGGACUGUCGCAGGGGCACACGGGCCACGUCCGCUUCCUCACCUCCGUGGAGCUGCCCGAAGGGUUCGACGUCAACUUCCCGCUGCCGGGAGAUCUGGGCAACGAGCAGACGUCAGACACAGAAACGAGGGACUCCGCCAGACACCGGCCUUCCGCCAUCAAUCAGUCCAAGUCCAAAAUCCUGGUCAUCAGCGGCGGAGACGGAUACGAGGACUUCAGACUCACCAACAGCAGCGAGACGGUGGGGAGGGACGACAGCACCAACCACCUUCUCCUUUGGAGGGUGUGAGGUGGGAUGUGGGCCGCCAUGUCCCACGCCGCCCCUGGUUGUCCUCCCCGUCUUCUCCGUUGACUUGUUGUUAAAAUAUAACCUGCUGAAAAGGUCCAUCUGUGAUUUUGUUCCAAAGCAAAGCAGGGUCUGAAGCCUUCCUUCCCGGGGGGGGGGCUUUAAUCUGUGCCUAGGAGCGCGCGGCUGUUUGGCCAAAGAUUCGUUGUUACGGAAACUGCAUAUUUUACAAUGUAAAGGAAACGGGAGGAAGAAACCAAAGCCCUCGCUAACCACGCGGUACAUGCGUUCAAAGACGGUGCCUACAGCCAAAGCUUAACGGGGAACGAAUGGACCUCUUGGUCUCCUGUCCGCUCCGGUCCGCUUAUACCUGUCCAAAGCUCCUUCCGGUCUCUCUAUUACGGUAUCAACCACCGCUUAGUGGACAUUGGCCUCGGAAACUCGGUGGAACGUCGGCACUCCUCUCCGGCAC